UUAAAAUCGGGAUGACUGAGAUUUUUCACAAUCCUGAAGUGGGGCGAAUGAAGUGACAAUUGAGUUCGAAGACCUACGGAACUAUUUAUUUCAAUGAUACAUCAACUGCGACAACUUGAAAUGUUCAUCACCAUCCAAACGUCAUAUCAUAUAUUUUUGUUUCUCAAGUUCAGUACAUGAACUAUACUUAUGAAGAUUUUAGAAAUCCACAACACUUCAGAUGCAGAUCUAAAAGAACGCUCACUUUAUCGUUCCUGUUGAAAAAUUUCUUUUGAUUGUAGUGAUAUUCGAUUACUGGUGUCACUUAAACUUCAGUGUUGGGUCUACUUAUGAAAUGUUUCAAACUUUGUGAUGUCAAUUAACUAAAUUAUGCAAAUUUUGAAAGUGCUUGCUAACGAAGUGACGUACUUUUUUUCUAAUUUGUUUUGGUCAAUAACCAAGCAGUCGCUAACCACUCGCUCAAGAGCGCGAUGACUGAAAUUUUUCACUAUCCAGAAGAAAAGGUUUUCAAGGCAUUUGUAUGGUCGAAGACAUUUGUUUUCCAUGUAAUCACCGUGGUCUUUCUCUUCCUUGCACCAAUUAUAAUCCUUUGUAACCUGAAAUAUAUUUGGAUAGAUUUCAAAUAUAUUCCUGUCAAUAUGGGUCCAUGUUUCCCUGAAAUAAGUCAGUCAUUUGUUUGGCUUUAUACUGCUGAUGAUCAAAAUCAAAUCAACUCCAAUUUCUGGUCUGGAAUGGAUGUAACUUGGAGCACUUUUGGAAAUGAAUUUAUUAGUAUUGAAGACCACUUCCUAUCUGGAUCAAUAGAGUACUUUAGCUAUGAAGAUCCUGUUCCAUGGCCAUCAAAAGAUGUCGGGAAACUAGACUAUAAGGCAACUGAGAUUUCGAUCGAUAUAUUUAAUGUUACCAGUCUCAAAAUAAUCGGGAAGCGUCUUUUUAUCCCGAUAACCUGUGGUUUACGACAAAACAAUAAUGAGUUCUCACUGAACGUGACUGGAUUAAUAUGGAGUGAAUUGAUUUCCCAAACGUCAAUGACUGAUUUGUUUAUUCAAAGUGAAUUAACUAUAAAGCAAACACAAUCGAUUAAAUUGCACGGAAUGGAUCCAAUAGAAAAGAAGUACUACAUGAGACCUGUAAUGAAUAUGAAUACUGUACGUUAUAAUUCAAUAAUUUCAAACAUAAACAAUGCAAUUUAUGAUAUGAUAGAUAGAAAUUUGACCCUUCAUCUCGGAAAAACACAAUAUUAUAUGUCAACUAGCGAAACAGACGCCCAACCAUCAGAAUCAUUUCAUAUUACAUUGGUAAUAAAUCUUCCAGAGCAAGAACUAUUGUUUGAAACACCAUUUAUUCAUAGAUUGAAAUGGGCAUAUAUCUUUUACAUUGGUAUAUGGAUUAUAUUUUAUUGGCCAAUUCAAUGGUUACAACGUUGGGUAUUUGAAAAACGUCGAUUGAUGAUCUGUGAUAAUUUAGUUGAAUUUAAACAACCGUCAGAGAAUGUUUACUUAAGUCAAUUGAAGAAUGAAUGGUGAUGAUGAAUCGACAACUUUUUAUGAUACAAGUUCCC